AUGCCCCGUCUCAGGCUAGCACUCGGGCGUAGGACAUUCGUCUUGCUCGCCACGGCUUUCAUCUGCACAUGCCUCUAUCUGGCAUCUCAGUACAAGGAUGCCGCACCUUAUCUCGACAGCAUCCUGGGCGCAUCACAAAGCCACCUUGGCUUCGACAACUCUUUCUCUCAUCUCGAUGGGCUCAUGAGCUCAGACCAAGCCAGCGAGAUUCUGCGCGCUCCAGUUCCAAACGUGGAUCCGUCGCAAUACGUCGACACGUUGAUAGGCACACUCAAAGGCGGCAAUGUCUUCGCUGGUCCCUCCACACCCUUUGGCAGUGUCAAGCCUGGACUCGACUCAAUCGUGGGCAACAACCAAGCUGGCUUUGUGCCCGAUGGCGUCUCUCCCAUCCGUGGCGUCAGCGCCUUGCACGACGACGGAACCGGAGGAUAUCCCUCGCUCGGCAUGUCCUCGCUUCUGCCUCAGUACUGCCAGCUCGCCAACAACGAGGCAGCAUCCGAAUGCAAAUGGGCCACAGAUGGUAGAGCCACCAACAUCUCGUUCGAAUCCGUAUCGAGCUCCCCGGGUCGUUUCAGCUUCAAGCUGCAGAACGGCAUUGGGAUCCAGUUCUCUUCCACUGACCGCGCCGCCAUGUAUACCUUUGACUAUUCGCCAGUCCUACGCCAACCCUCGGUGCCAGUCUACCCAGGAUCGCCAUCCAGACCCGAGGUCGCAGCUGACCCUCCAUCAGUAGUCCAGGAGAAGCGCGCUAUCCUCUUAUUUGACCACAUCUCCGAUCUUCGCUAUAGCGGUGGUCGAAACGUCAACAACACCCUCACCACAUCGAAUUUCACCCUCCCACCACCCGCGGGCAGUGCAUCUGCGGUUCCAGUCACUCGCGUCGAGACCAGCGCCUUGUUCUUGCCCUCCUUUGGCGUCGGCAACUUUACCGUCUACUCCUGUCUCGAUGUACCCUACGCUAGCUCCUUCGAUAUCUACCUUCGCAGGGAUCUGAAACCCAAGAUGACCAGCAUCGAAGGCAUUCAAGUCGCAGGCGGCAUCGUCCUCACUGUGGAUCGAGAUACGCUCAAGGGUGCCACCCUCAACGGCGUUCUUCCUGUCCGCAUGGGUAUCAGUUGGACCUCCACGGCUGCUGCCUGCAAGUACGCCGAGUCGGAGCUUCCCAAUUUCCACGUCAAAGGCAACUUUGACUCGGUCGUCCAACAGAGCCGCUCGAAAUGGAACCAUCUCCUCGGCGAUACACUCUGGAUUUCCCAAGAGGGCGUCACCCAUGCCGACCUCACCCUCUUCUAUUCGUCCCUCUACCGCUCCUUCCUCUCUCCGAACAAUGUUACAGGCGACAACCCUCGCUUCCAGACCACCAAGCCGUCCUACGACUCGCUCUACUGCAUCUGGGAUAGCGCACGCACCGUGCAUCCCCUUUGGGUGCUGCUUGCGCCCAAGGUGCAGGCCGAAGUGCUCCAAGCCGUCGUCGAAAUCCAGAAGCACGAAGGGUGGUUGCCGGACUGCAGGAUGUCCACCGACCAAGGCUGGACCCAGGGGGGUAGCAAUGCCGAGAUGAUGCUCAGCGACUCGUACGUCAAAGGCAUCCUCGCCAACGACACCGCCUUCUGGGAGGAUGCGCUCCAAGCCAUGCUCAAGGAUGCCCAGGACGAGCCGGUCUCGUGGGGCCAAGUGGGCAGAGGAGGCAUUGCGGCGCGUGCCAAACUCGGAUACGUUCCCACCGGCCCUUCCGGGGGUGCGCUGGUUCUAGGCUCCGUUCCAGGUCGCAGCGCGUCCCGAACGGUCGAGUACGCCUUCAACGAUUUUAGCAUCGCCCUCGUUGCGGCCGGUCUGCGACGCCGAGAGCUCUACGACACCUACCGUCGACUCACCGACGACACGUUCAAUCUGUGGAAUCCCGACAUUGUCUCGGACGGCUUUUCGGGCUUCCUCCAACCGCGCGACGAGAACGGCACCUGGGUCUACCAGGAUCCCAAACGCUGCUCUUCCGCACUGGAACCGCUCUCUUGUUUCCUCAACAUCGGCGGCGGUGAGUUUUACGAAGCGUCGGCCUGGCAAUACUCGUAUUUCGCGCCUCAAGACGCAGCGAAGCUAGUGGAAUUGAUGGGCGGGCACAAACGUUUCGUGCAACGAUACGAUCACAUGUGGAAGAACGAAUACGCGGAUAUCGGCAACGAGCCGGCGUUCCUUGCGCUCUAUUCGGCCAACUUUGCGAUCGGCGGCUAUUCUCACACGGUGGACCAGGUCGUGAGCAUCAUCAGGAGCAAGUUCGAUACGACCAAGACGGGUUUGCCGGGCAACGAUGACAUUGGCGCCAUGGGAAGUUUUGUCGUCUGGUCGCAUUUCGGGUUCUAUCCGGUUGCCGGGACGGGCGUGUAUCUGCUCAGCACGCCAUUGUUGAGCGCCUUUGCCAUCACCAACCAGAUGACGGGCAAGAUCUUCCGUCUCACGACCAGGGGUUUCGACGGUGCGAAGAAGAACAAGUACAUUGUCGAGGCGAGGUUGGAUGGUAAGCCGUACACCAAGACUUGGUUAUGUCACAGCGUCUUUGCCGAGGGAGCGACGUUGGAAUUGACGCUGGGUCCCAAGCCAAGUCGCACCUUCGGGAUGAAAGAGGACGACCUGCCACCGAGUCUUUCCACGGGUGGGUACCGCUACGAUUCGUCGUAUCUGGGUUGUUGA